UUCUAGAAGCAAUCUUGAAUACUCAUGACUUAAACGCUCAUAUUUAUAUAAAUGUUCUCAUUGAAAGGUCUCUCAUAACUACGUCAUAUGACACUAUAACAAUGCAUGAUUUACUUGAAGAAAUGGGUAGGGAAAUUGUUCGGCAAGAAUCAAUUCAUAAUCCUGGCGAACGUAGUCAGUUGUGGGAUCAUGAAGAUAUAUUUUCAGUAUUGAAGAAUAAUACGGGAACUAGAGCAAUUCGAAGCAUAUGCUUGGAUAUGUCUAAAGUAGAAGAGGUGCAUUUAAAUCCUGAAGCUUUUAACAACAUGCAAAACCUACGAUUCUUGAAAUUUUAUGGGUCUAAACAUGGAAAGAAGGUGCCUGAAUCUGAUUCCUCUGCAUUGUGCCAUAUCUUGAGAUUCUUGAAAAGAGAAAACUCCAAUUAUGGAAAGAAGGUGCAUGGUUUUGAGAAACUUAAGUUUUAUUUCUAUGAGACAAGACACUUUUACUUUCUUGGAUAUCCUGCCAAAUCAUUGCCUUCAAAUUUUAAUCCAAAGAACCUUGUUGCACUUUACAUGCCUAAUAGCAAAGUUAAAAAACUUUGGACUAGUAACCAGGUAUUUGUUAACUUUUAUAUUAUUCUUGUUAAUUUGAAACAUAUUGACCUCAGUGACUCUAAGCAUCUACACAGAAUACUGGAUUUGUCACUUAUGCCAAAUCUUGAAAGUUUGAUUCUUGAAGAUUGUACAAAUUUGUUUGACAGUUUCUCAUCUAUCCAUAAUCUCCAUAAACUUGUUAUCCUCAAUCUACGAGGAUGCAGAAGCUUUAAUAAUCUUCCAAUUAAUGAUAGUUUCCAAUCUCUUCGAGAAGUUUAUCUCUCUGGUUGCUCAAAUCUCAAAAAAGUUCCAUAUCUCCCUAAUAAAGUUGAAAAUUUAUACCUAGAUAGAAUUGCUAUUAAAGAAUUCCCAUCAAUAGGGCAUUUAUUUAGACUAGUAAAUUUGAUUAUUAGAAAAUGUUCAAGGCUUGAGAGAUUACCAGAUAACAUUCGUGAGUUGAAAUCUCUUAAAUGUCUGUAUCUCUCAAGUUGUUCCAAACUUGAUAGAUUGCCUAAUGACAUGGGAAAUUUACAAUCUUUGGAGGUACUGGAACUGGAGGAAAUUUCUUUUGCAGAAAUACCAACAUUUAUGACAAGUUUGAUCAACCUGGAGACAUUAUCUUUGACAAGAUGUAAGAUGCAGAAGCAAUCAAGUAUCCCACUCGUCGAUUUAUCUGUCUUCCAAAGAAUGAGAGCGCUAUGCCUGAUUGAUUGUUGCAUCGAAGUGUUACCGAGCAAUAUUGGCCAAUUACUCUCACUGGAAUAUUUAGAUAUAGCCCAAAACAAUUUGGAGACACUACCAGAGAGCAUCAAAGACCUGUCUAAACUGGAAGGGCUUUAUUUAAGCAAUUGCCAGAGGCUUAAAUACUUACCGAAGCUUCCAAGCAGUCUACGACAAAUUUGUGCAGAGGAUUGCGUAUCUCUUGAAUCAAUAUCAAGUUUAUUCCUACGUGUGGAUUCUUUUAUUGACAUAAUCGACUUCGCUAAUUGUCUCAAAUUAAAAUUAGAGAUGACAGAUGCUCUCUUGUUGAAUAUUGAGAGAAGUGCAGCAGACCAUCUCUCUCGACAAUUGUAUCACCUCAAAAAUAUCGCUCCUUUUUGGCAAUGGGCGAGCAUUUAUUACCCUGGAUGCGAAAUUCCAAAGUGGUUUGAUAUCAAAAGUAAUGGAUCUUUUAUAAAGUUUCCAGAAGAUUGGGUUAAUGAUAACUUAUUUGGUUUCGCUUUGUGUGUUGUUGUAUCAUUACACUAUCAAAAAUUUAGAAAUUUUCGAGUUGGAUUUCGCCUGAUUAUUAAUGGAGAGAUUAUUUCCCGUAAUGCGUUAACAGACUCAUUAAAAUUUUGGCUUGGGUCUCCUGAAGGUGAUAACAUUAUUGAAUCUGAUCAUAUAUUCAUAACUUAUAAUUGCAUUAAGAUGCCUGGGAAAUUUCCUCCACUUAAUUUGAAUAGCCAGGGUGGUGUUGAGUUCUUCGUUGAACAUGCAACUAAAGAAUGGUAUGGUUCGAAGCCCAAUGAAAAAAUGUGGAGUGACUUUAUUGUAUCAGAAAAAUGA